AUGUCUGAAAGACCAGACCCCUUCCAAGCUCUAUAUGAGAUUAGAGAGUACGUCCAGAAAAAUCAAACCGACAACUACAGAUACCGUUCCGAAGAAGAAAGAUCGAGCGAACUUGAACAUCAAGUUGUUCUACGCAAACUUAAGCUAAGCGAUGAGAAACUGAAGUUGGCUGCUAAUCUGGAGGCUACGACUACCAAGGCAGAGCAAGCUUCUGCAGACUUGCAAAAGAUAAAACAAGGUUCCACAAAAGCACUAGCAAAGCUUAACACCAAACUGGCCAAGAACACUGCGGCUUUGAGGGAAAAGGAACAAGAGCUAUCAACAGCCACAGAAGCUCUCGCUACGAAGUCCUCCGAAUUCGAAGAUAUCUCAAGGGCUCUCUUAGAUAUACAGAAAGAUCAUAGCAGCUGUGCCAGUACGAUCAAUUCCCUGGAGAUCGAGUUGCGAGACGCCAAAGCUAUCAACAACGCCAGCCGAACAAGCAUUCAUGCGGAAGCUGAUAGAAUACAAAAGGGAAUCGCAAAAGCUACCGUGGAGCUAGAGGCACGUCUCAAGGAAUCAGAAUACAGAAAUCAGGGACUGGAGAGGAAAUGUCGUAUGCUGGAGGAAAGAUACUCCGAGCAAGUGAUUGCAUCUGCGAAGAAAGAAGAGCAAAUCAUUCGAAGUGUGGUCGAGGAACGUCGCUCCCAUGAUCGAGUUUUGGAAUUGCAGCGAGAUCUUGGAAAAGAGGAGACUAGAUAUUUUGAAUUGGAGUUGAGCUUUCAGGAUCUUUGUCACAAGUUUGGUGAUGAUAAAGAAUGA